AGAAAAGAAAAUGUCGAGGAUUUCUUUUCUGGACAUAACUUUCGGAAGUUGUUAACCACAACAAAAACACAAAAUGAAGAGAGUGCACUAUUUGUAUGACUAGCUAUAAAAUUUAUUUACAACUAAAAUAAUAUUUGCACUCUUGAUUACUCUCCAGAGUUACGAUAAUAAAUUCUACCAACAACUCAAUUAUAAUCAAGCACACAAGUUAUGAGAAUUCCUUUCGAGGAUGUCCUUGAUGUACGUAUGAAGGCGAUGAAUGGUUUGCUGGAGUCAGAAUUGUCCUGGCCCGGAUAGGGACGCACGAAGCUCACUGCAGAGUGUGACCAUCUCACUGGCCCGACGUGUCUGAACAGUAGUGACUCUCAUCUGUCCUCAUUGGAAUAAUUAUAGAGUCCGGCCCGUAUCUGUCCGCCGGUACGGCACCCACAGUAAAACCAUGUUGUCUUGAGUAAACCCGGGUCUUGAAAUCUGGGGGUUCAGCAAAUGGUUCUAGGGUCGUAUUUCUGGCGUACAGAUGUGCCUGGACGUAUCAGCAUUUUCUGACGACGUUUACACACAAACUUGUAAGAAUGACUAUUGACAACCCUUCAGUUCAAGGCAGCUUCCAAAUCUCAAGACAUGUUUUCCAAAAUCGGCAAGGCUGGAAGAGCUUGCCCCGUCCCUGGGCAAUCUUAACCGGAAGUGUCUCACAACCAGAAACUAUUUUCCUCAAAUGAUGUAAUUUUUACUUUUAUAAUUCUUCCUUGCUUCACAUUAUAGUUCUUGUUGUCCUACCUACAGAAUUAUUUAAAGUGAAGAAACAAAGACUGUGCAGCAUGGAAUGCUGUUAUUCUUUCUCAGUGCAAUACAAUUCCUGUAAAAUGGUCAAAACGCUCACACCCUUUAAGAGCGGUCUUUGUAGGCAUAUAUAUUUGUCCACUCUGGGCUGUCACUUCGAUUAGAGAGUUUAUACGAGCAUUGAUCGGCAUCAAGGCCAUCAGAGCACUUCACUAAAUGAGGUAUUGACACUGCCAACUGCCCGAAGUUGAUAUCGAUAGUGUACGGCAUUUCAUGGUCGUGGGCGAGGGAAUUUUCCAUGCUUUGGUAAGUUUUUGGAUGGCAGCUGCAUCAGUUGCCCUUGUCCACACUAUAUUGCAAUCUCAUUUAUUCCCCAUUAACGCAGAUGAACCAAGGAACUGCUUGCGUGCGUUUUCUGUGCAGUAUUUUAGGCCAAUCGAUGCCCACUGCAAACGUUAUUAUGCGUGCACCGAUGAGAAUAGUUCCGCAUGUCACUCUGUGAGCACUUGAAGAAUUUAACUGGUUUAACGUCUCGUUAACUUGUUCAAUAUCCAUUCAUCGUUUUUUUAGUGGGGGCACCAGGAGGGGGGGGGGCACCUUCCCCAAGCAACCCUCCUCCCGUGGCUACGCCACUGAGUCGGUAGCGCUUGUCGUAAUGACUCUGUUGCAGCAGCCUUGAGGCAACAUCAAGCUAGCGACAGGCAACCUUGGAACUGAUACUGCGUGGAAGCUACACUUUGUCAAUGCCACUCGUUUCAUAAAAGCAUCCACUUCAAUAAUUUAACAUCAAUGAUAACGGUGCAGGAAUCAGUGGUAGGUUGACACUGUACGAACAUCAUGCAAUGUGCACUGAUUGGGGACGAGUGACUCUUCUUGCUUUUCAGUCGGAUGAUGCUGCUUCGUGCCAUAAUGACUGACAAUACUAAGCCCCAAGUGACAUUCUGCUUUGUUUUAGUGAUUUUAAUGAGUUCUCAGCCCAUCGAAGGAGCCAAAUGCCCACCUGGCUGGCUGGAAUGGCGCCAGUCCUGUUAUCUUUUACUACCGGACAAAAUGAAUUGGUAUGAGGCCAUGGAGGCCUGUGACCGGCCGGGAUUAAGCGGCCUUGCUGCGCCCAACUCACCGGACGAGAAUGAUUUUAUCUGGCACUCCAUUGUUAAAAACACUGACGGUUUGUGGAUUGCCUGUACCGAUGUAGUCCAAGAAGGGGUCUGGGUGUGCGGAGGCCAGCCCUUGACUUUUAGCAGUUGGUUUGGGGGCAACCCGAGGAAUGACACCCAUCUGAACUGCGCCCGGGUGACGGUUUACGGCGCACCCGCUCGGGGCCUGUGGGCCGACGAUGUUGCUUGUGGUAGCGCCAACCGCAAACAGGCUGCCUGCGAAAUGACGGUCGCUGCGGUACAAAUCUACCACACCUACACCGGUCCCGAUGGGCGUGUUCCCCAGGAAUGCCUCCACCAUCACGACAUCAAGAACGUCACGGUGGAGAGCCUCCUUACCUGUGGCUGGGCGUGCCGGGCUGAUCCCCGAUGCCGCUCCUUCAAUCUGUGGCUCAUCACCAAAGGAAAGAUAUGCCAACUCAAUGACAUUACACGUCUUGGAGCUGACGGCGCCGACUUCAAGGCAACCAACAACUGCUUCUACUUCAAUUUGUAAAAAGAAGAAGCUAGCAUGUCAG